AUGGGUAUUUAUUCCUUCCAGUUCACAGUAAAGUACAUUCCUGGACACAAGAAUGUUGCUGAUGAUGUGGAGAAAGAGUCCGCUGGAGAUCUUGAGUUACACAGAGUUAAAGAAGCUUUACAAACCGGAAAUUGGACAGAUUGUGAGGAAAGUUACAUAGCUGUCAAAAAUGAACUGUGCAGUAUAGGAAAAGUGAUCCUCAGAGGUACACGUAUUGUGAUUCCAACCAGUUUGAGAGAGAAAGUUUUAACCGCUGCUCAUGAGGGACACCAAGGUAUCACUAAAACAAAACAGCGACUGAGAGAGAAAGGGUGGUGGCCAAAGAUUGAUAGUGAUGCCGAACGUGUUUGCAAGAAAUGCUACGCAUGUCAAGUAGUUGGAGGUCCGUCGUCACCUGAACCUUUACGCCGUAAAGUGCUUCCAGAUUAUCCAUGGCAAGCUACAGCAAUCGAUCUAAUGGGACUUUUUCCAACAGGAGAGUCAGUAUUGGUGUAUGUGGACUAUUACAGCCGUUUCUUUGAAACUUAUAUUUUGAAGAACACAGGAUCAACCAAGAUCAUUGAAUGUUUGGAGGAAACUUUCGCUCGAUAUGGUAUUCCUGACAGUCUGAGAAGUGACAACGGAGCACAAUUUCGGUCUACAGAAUUUGAGAAGUUUCUAGAGGAAUACAACAUCAUCCAUGAAACAUCCACACCUUAUUGGCCGCAAGCUAAUGGAGAAGUGGAGCGACAGAAUAAGACCUUAUUAAAAGCUCUCAGAACAGCUCAUGUUGAAGGGAAGGACUGGAAAAAGGAGUUGCCAAAAUUCCUUUCAGCCUACAGAAGCACACCGCAUACAGUAACUGUAGUUGCACCGAACAAACUUAUUUUCCGAUAUCCAGUGAAGACAAUGAUUCCUAGCCUCCCGAGAGAGAAGAGGAAGACAUCCGAGUUAAAGACUGGAUGA